AUGGCUUCUUCUCCGUCGUCUUCUCCACUUUGGACUCUGCAACGACAAAAGAAAGUAGCCCUAAUACUAUAUACAGCGACGCUUUCAUCAUUCAUUGCCAAUUCUGCAGGGUGCCCCUACACCACCAUCUUCAGCUUCGGCGAUUCAAUUACCGAUACCGGAAACCUGUGUUUCAGCUUCCCACUCAGGCGCAGCUGCUCUCCUCCCUACGGAGCAUCCUACUUCGGCCACCCCACCGGAAGAUCCUCCGAUGGCCGUCUUAUCAUUGACUUCAUCGCUGAGUCAUUAAGUAUUCCAUUAGUGAAACCAUAUGAGAGAAUUAAGAAUGGUGAAGCAAGAAAUUGGAAGAAAGAGGAGGGAGUGAAUUUUGCUGUUUCUGGAGCAACUGCGUUGAAUGUAGGUUUCUUUGAAGAGAUAGGUAUUCACUAUGGCUUUACCAAUGAUUCUCUCAGAGUUCAAUUGGGAUGGUUCAAGGAAUUGUUGCCUUCUAUCUGCAAUUCUUCCUCAAGCUGUAAGACAGUGUUUGAGAAGUCACUAUUUCUGGUGGGAGAAAUUGGAGUCAAUGACUUCAAAACGUGUUUUUUUGAGGGAAGAAGAUUAGCAGAGAUCAAAACUUACGUGCCUCAUGUGAUUAAUAUGAUCUCUUCAACAAUAACUGAUUUGAUAGAUGUAGGGGCUCAAACGCUCAUCGUUCCUGGAAUUUUACCACUAGGAUGUGGUGCAAUCUAUUUAACAAGGUUUGAGAGCAACAAUGAGAAGGACUAUGAUGAAUAUGGUUGCUUGAUAUGGUUAAACAAGUUCAUUGAAUACUUCAAUAAGAGGCUUCAGGCUGAAUUAAAUCAACUCAAAGAGCUUCAUCCUCAUGCCAAUAUCAUAUAUGCUGAUUAUUAUAACGCCGCAUUACCACUCUAUCAUUCUCCCAAAAAAUUUGGUUUUAUGGGUCUGAAAGCUUGUUGUGGAACUGGGGGGGCCUACAAUGUAGAUUUUACAAAAUUAUGUGGAGAUGAAGGAGUGAAAGUUUGUGACGAUCCUUCAAAGUACAUAAGUUGGGAUGGUAUUCAUUUGACAGAAGCUGCGUAUGGAUUGAUCGCAAGAGAUUUAUUAAAAGGAUCCGACGCUGCCUCUAAAUUUGAUGAUUUGUGCUUGAAGAACAAAGCCUUUCAAAGUUUUAACAGCCUUUGA